AUAUUAGCAGCUGAACCAAUGUUCCAGUUUUCCAGUUUUUUUUUUUUUUUUGGUUUUUUGCCUUUCUUGUUACUGGAGGCUCUCAAAUGCUCUGGUGGAAACGUGCACGGCUGACGACAUUCAAUUUCAAUGAGCAUUUUAAAGAGAGGGAGAGAGAGCGCGCUCUCUAAUGGCGUCGUGCAGGCCGGCAGGGCGAUUAAAAAUAGUAUGCAGUGAAGAGAAUCGGCGAAGACUUUAUCAUCUGUUGAAGCACCGAAAAAGAAAAAGAUGUCUCUCUCUUUUAUGGUAUUCUUUAUCGAAAUUUCUGGUCUUCCCUCGAGCUUAGGCCCCAUGGAAUGAGGUCGUGCGAUGGGCGACCAAUGGAGGUCGUAGAUCAAACACCCAUGAUGGGAAUUUUAUACUGUUCUUCCUUUGAAUAAUAUGAUGUUUAUUUUCUUCCGUUUCCGCUUGAUAUAUUAUAUGUGGAUCCUCCUGUUUUUCGAGUUUGUUGAAGAUGGUCAAGAGAAAAAAACGAAGGGUUUUGGAGGAAUAAACUUUAACGGUUUAAUUUUCUACUAGUAUUUUAUGAAGGUUUAUAUUAUAGAAUUUGUUGUGUUUAUGGUUUGUUUCUUUUGUUUAAAAGAGAAGUUGCUGAGUGGGGUUCCUUAUAUAAAUGGUGACUUUUUGCAUCGUCUAUAGAAGCAGCUCUUUACUUGAAGUAUUGAUUCAGGAAAUUGCCAAUGGAUUUCAUUUGGAAAUAAUGUUGAAAAUAAGAUGUUUGAUUGGUUUUUUCUGCAAAGUUCCUUUGCGUGCAAUGGUAAAGUGCUAUUGACUAGGUUUAUUGUAUUAGUGUUCCCUUUUGGUAUCCUCCUAAAAGGAUGUAAUCUUUCUGCUUAUUUGGCAGCCGGAUACUCUUGUUCUUACUGCAAGUGUAAAAAAUGCGCACAUAGCAUUAUGUAAUGUGCACUUUCCUGUUUUUUUAAAGAAAAGAACAGAGAAGAAUGCGUGUGAUUUCUAAAAUCUUGUGUAUGAAUAUUGAAUACUUCUAAAUGAAGUUCAAAUGAUCAGAACGAGAGCUAUUGUCUAGGGGCACGCUGCCCACUUCUUCAAAUCUUUCAAAUUAUAAAAAAACUGUGAUGACGUUGCCGAUGCUCUUUAAACACCCAAAAUUCUUUUUGGUUUGAAUACUCAAAUGCACGUUCUAAAAGUUAUAAAUUGCUGGAACGUGAACCUUAUCAAUGCCUUAUAAAAUUCUCUCAUUUGUUUACCUCCUGUCAUUUAUUCAAUCUCUGUUCCAUGUCACUUGAAUUUCUGCAAUUAUUGUUCCAUAUCCAUAGCUGGUUUUAAAAUCAAAGCUCAUUGUUCGAUGUUCUACCUGUGCUUUUCCUUCCAAAUUAUCCAACUUUAAAUUACUCGACAGUCAGUAUUUUUAUUUCCUAGUUCUGCCUCUAGGUAUGGCCCUCCCGAUUUAGGCACUAAACUUUUAUAUAUACAAAGUAACAAACUAUUAUAAUAAUUAAUUAUCUACUGUUUUGAGGGUUCCAGUCAGCGUUGCUUUUGCACUUAAUUCAACGAAUUGAUGCUUAUGCCUGAUUACACCUUGGUUCAUCUACUGGUGCUAAUGUAUAAGGUAUCAAUUUUGUUUUAUAAAGUUACCCUUUGAAAAUGUUGUUAACUACUAAUAGGUGUUGAAACUGGAAACACUUCAUUUAUACUGGUACUAUUCUCUGUCUCCGUUUGGGGGCCUAAUGCAUGCCAAGACUGGAGUCCUUUAAUCUGGACUAGUUAGUCCAUACAGAUUCUUUAGCUCCUACAGAGAGUUUUACGUUGCAUUAGUUUCAACAGCCUAUGCUCUCAAAUUUAAUUCCAGAUUGCAAUUCAAAUGAUUCAUCUGCCAACGUGAGCAAAACCCAGUCCGUAGGGGACAUUAUUUUGAUACGAAAAACUCUUAAACUUACGUUUCUCUCUGUAUCUUAGCUUCGAACCUUUUUCUUGUUCAAAAAAAGAUGCACACACAUCUAGUUAAUCCCCUAUUCUUCUUUUGAAUAUGAAAAGUCAGGAAAGAAAGAAAAGCUCCAGUUGGGUGAGACACUUUUUAAUUAUUUGUCUUUUUUUAAGCUGGUCCAUCUCUGAGCUGCAUGUAAAGAUGGCCCUCAGUGAAACCUCUGAUUAGCAAUAUAAUAUGUAUCCAUUUUUGGUUAAAAAAUAAUCCAAACUGGUACUAUAUAUACCUUAUUUUCUCAUUCUGAAGAGUCAGGGUCACCAAGCUUUUGAGCGUACCCUUCAUUCAGAACCCAUCAGACAUGGAGCCUUCUGCAAAAAUGCCUGAACUCAUGUGGGGCUGUGCCACCGCUAGUUCAGUUCAGCAUGAAUAUCCAAUCUCUGGAACUGUCUCUGCUGAUGAGGUUGAGAUGAUGUCCCAACUUCUCACUAGCUACUCUAUUUCUCAUGAUCAAACUGUGUCAUCAUGGUCUUACAAUCAAGAAGGCUUAAACAUGGUGGAAGGUGAAGAUUCCCUGGAUUCUAGUGUUUAUUUUGGUACACCUUCGAGCUUGCAUUACUGGCCACAGAAUGCACCCGCUCAGGAUCAUGACAUGUAUCCGAAUAGUUCGAAGGAGUUCGUUUGUUACAUGCUAAAUGAUGAAAGAGCCGGUCGAUUUCUUCAUGCUGGUCAGCAGGAACCCUGGGCUGAUGCAAUGUAUGGUACUGACACAGUUAAUGGUGAUGAUUCUGGAGAAUUUGUUGCUGUCAAGCCAGUCGAGUCAAUCCAUCCAUCAGAUCAAAAUCUAGUAACAAAAAGAAAACCACAGCUGCUCGAUGAUGAUCUUAGUGCUUUGGCAGCCUGUUCUUAUGACAAUCCAAAGAAAAAAGCUCGUAACUUGGGUGAUUCUCAGAGAGGAGCUAAGAAUCCCCAAAUUAAGAAGACUCAGAAAAUUAAAAAUGACGGAGAAGAAGAUAAUGCUGCUCUGAGCAUGCUAAGCCCUAGCAGUAACACCUCGGAGGAUGACUCAAUUGUUUCUCAGGAGCAGAAUGGAGCAACCUCGAGUUCUGCUGCCCUCAACUUGAGUGGCAAAAUGAGAGCAGGAAGAGGAUCUGCUACAGAUCCUCAAAGCCUUUAUGCUAGGAAAAGAAGAGAGAGAAUCAAUGAACGCUUGAGGAUAUUGCAGAAUUUGGUACCCAAUGGCACCAAAGUCGACAUCAGCACAAUGCUUGAAGAAGCUGUUCAAUAUGUAAAGUUUCUUCAACUCCAAAUCAAGCUUCUGAGCUCUGAUGAUCUCUGGAUGUAUGCGCCCAUCGCUUACAAUGGGAUGGACAUUGGUCUCGAUCUUAAAAUUUCUCAGCCAUGAAUAUGGACCGUCGACCUUCAUACAUAGCACAAGAAAGUUUCAAUGGCGAAGUCGCUUUUAACGACCAUUAUCAUGUUCGUUGAAUGACCUUUUCUUUUUUUUCUUUUUUUCUUUUUUUUUUCUCUCUCUCUCUCUCUUUGCUUCUUCUUUUCAUUACCACGAGUGAUGCUAUCGUGGGUCAUUCCUUUCAUUUUGUUAAAUCUUGAAAAGAGUAUAUGAGAAUUAUAUACAUAAACACCUGAUUGAACUACUUUAUGCUAAAAUCUACAAAU